CUAGCAACGGCCCGAUCCGAAACACCUUCCCUUUUAUCUCUCUCUCGAAAACCUUCCAGAAGCCGCCGUAGUCGCCGUUUUCCUUCUUCACCGUCCAUCAUCGCCGUCUUGUUUGCUUGCUCAUAAACUGUCUAAAACCCAGAGUACUCUUUACAAUUUCUCCCAUCUCUCCUUUUUCCUCCGUCAAAAUCUUAAAAAUCUGCUGCCGGAGUUUCCUCAGCAGCUUUCAGAAAGGAGCUAAUUUGAGCUGAUUGUGGUGGUUUUACGAAGCUGAAGAAGAUAAACAAAUGGCUCGCUCCAAAGCUCCUGCAAAGAAGCAUCAAAUUGAUUUCAAGAAAAUCAAGAGAAAGCUCGGGAGAAAACUACCUCCACCAAAGAAUGCAACUAACACAGAGAUUAAAUCCAAAUCAAUUAUACUUCCUGAGCAAAUUGCGGUAGCAGAAAAGAGUGGCUUUGCUACAAGUAAGAAAAACUUGACCUUGAAGGAGCUUCUAGGUAAAAGUAUUCAUCACAAUGCUAAAGCUCGCAAAGAUGUAUUACUUGGUAUCAAAGAACUUUUCAAGAGUCAUCCUGCAGAGCUGCAGUCACAUAAAUAUGAUAGCGUAGAGACACUUAAACAACGCAUUAGUGAUGGUGACGAGAAAGUGAGAGAAGCUUUUUAUGAACUAUUUAAAACUCGGAUCUUUCCUGCUUGUAAAGAGGAUAACCUUAUGGUGUCACUUUUGAUGCCAUCCAUGUUUCUGGCUAUGGCUAAUACAUCGAUCGAUGUUCGUUUGAUGGCUUUCAAAUUUCUCCACCUUGUUGUUGAGUACUACCCGCCUACCUUUUCCUUGUAUGCUGAAAAGAUUCUCGAAAACUACAAGGAUAUUAUUAUCCAGAGAAACCAUGUUUAUGUGCAAGAUCAAAGCAAUCUAAAGGCAGCACUUUCCGGGCUGACACUUUGCCUCUCGCUGUUGCCGCGUGAUGAGAAAAAGGGACUUUUACAGAAUGAAACGCUACUUGACUAUGAGGAAGAUACUGCAAAAGAAGUUGUUCGUUUUGCCCAUGUCUCUGGGAGAUUGAAAGAGAUCGUUGGAGCCUUGAUCAAUUGUUUCCAAGAUUUCAUUCCACUGAUUCAUGCUCCGCGAGGAUUAGAAGCACGGUCAUUAAUUGAUUGCGUACACCAUAUCCUUCGCAGCAUAUGUUAUGCAAUCAAGUUUUCUAUUCGUAGCCACACUCAACGACAGACUGCAUUUGAAGAAGUUGCUCUGUUAAAACUGGACCAGGACGUUGUAUCAAUGUUAUCAAAAAAGUUACUUAGUUCUUUUCCCCUUAAUCCCGGAAAUAAUCUUUCGAAAAGGAAUGAUGAAAGCUACUUUAUCCUCAACGGUGUACUGACAGAAAUCUUUUUGGAAGUAAGUGAAUGGAGCCACCUUCCUUGUGAUUUUUCCUAUAGAUUUCUGGAAUUUAUUGAGAAUACCCUACUAGGCAAGAUCACCAGGAGCAUUAGUAAACCUAUUCACGAAAAGACUUUACUUGCACUCGUGCCUUUUGUUCCAAAACUUACUUUGAGGGUGGAGCGUGAUCGGAGAGAUAAUCUUAUGCAGGCGUUUACUGUUACCUUAAGCGAUUGCAAACCAGAGUCUCCACUUAAAUUAGCCUGCAUUUCAACUGUUAGAGACCUUAUCAUCCCUAAUGGAGAUAUCCUUUAUGCCAAUGAUCCAACCGUAAAUAACUACCAGCGUGCUUGGGUCAACCAGCUUCCAACACUGCUUAAUCAGUUGGGUGAUAAGCAUCCAGUAUCUACCCAGGUUGUUUUGCAACUUUUGCUCGACCUUGGGAAAGUUGGGUGUCUGAAGAAUGCUUCCUCCACAUUUGAAGAAGACAUCAGGAACUUCUUCAACCCUUAUCAGGGAGAAAGUGAUGUGCCUGGUGGACCAUUUGCGAGUCUCCCUAAGGAAGCCCAAGAACUGGCUCUCAGUUUCCUUUACUACUUCAUCAAAGACAAUUUCAGCUCCCCUAUGCUGAAAGCAAUGGUUUCAUGCUGUUUAUAUCAACAACUUGAACCAGAUGUGUCGUAUCGGAUAGUGGAAGUUCUACACUCUGCCUAUAGAUAUGGAUACAUCCCGAUCACAGAUCAUCUUAGCUUCUUGAUUACCUUAAUUGCACGUUUCAGAGUUGUCCCAGGAGAGCCGACGAGGCGAGAAACAUUUAAAGCACUUACAAACCUUGUGUGCUCACGUUUGUCAGAAAUGGGUGAUAGCUCUCUUGUCCUCCAGACUCUAGAGAAAGCUUUUGUCGAACAAAUAAUUUUGAAGCCUGCUUUGGACAAUGGGUGUGGCAUACUCAGGAUGAUCUGCGAGCUGGACUCUAAACCUACCAGACUUUCUGAAAGCAGUGUGACCACUUUAAGUGAAUUCUUACCGGGAUAUCUGAUCGAUAUAGUCAAUUGUAUACCAGAAGAUAAGGACAAGUCUUCUUACCUUUACAUACAAACAUGUCUCUACUAUUUAGUACCUUGCUUUUUCCUGUUUGACCGGAGCUCCAAACUCACACGAGAGGUUCUGAAAAGAAUGCGAUUCAUGAUUAGUGAAAACUCCAAAGCGAUGAUGGAAUCAUCGGCCCAACAAGACAGGGGGAGCUGUCGAAACUCGUUGAAUUUGAUACAAUGCAUUGUCUCUGUGGUCCUGCUGAUGCACAACGACGUCAAAGUUAGGAAGAUAAUAUCACCAUUCAAGUCAGAGAUCGAUUUGAUUCUUCACAGCGUUAUCUCGUUGCAGGUGAUCAUUUGAUGAAAAUUGCAGGAGAGCGACUUAGGAUUGCAUCUAAUAGCUUAGUAGAUUGUACUUCAACUGUGACAAGAGACUGAUUUGUGCUCUCGGUUGCUAGAAAGAUGCAAUUUUUUGACAAUUCUGUGUGACUAUUAUCCUUUGGUUUAGAGUUGAAGGGCCGUUUGGCUUAUUUGUGUCACGAAAAUGAAUAGUCUUAACGACUUUGAGAAUCAGACGUUGCAAAAAAAGAAAACUUACAAUCCCAAACUUAAAUGCAAAACAUUGAUGCGCUGCAAUUCCAGAACGCCUAAAGUCAUAAAAUACGAAACAGAGAAAAAAUGCAAUAGAAAAAACAUAGGCCUCUCUUCAUAAUAGAGAUUUAAGCCUAAUCACCCCCAAGCCCCAUUCUCUCGCCUUCUGUUUCUCUCCACUUCAGCUUUGCUUGCAGCUUAGAUCGUCUGACGUUGUUUCUUUAACCUCAACAACCUCAGAGCGGCGAACAACCUCAGACGAUGAUCUUCGUGAGCAGCGAAGUUCCUUCAAAAACAUCAGAUGUUCCACAUGAUCAACACUCAGCAACGCCCUCGGAGAGGCACCAACCCUGUCUGGUUCUAUCAUGCCAUCAAACUCAGCAUAACGAGUUGUCAGAACACCAGACAUAGGGUUGAAGUAGUGGAUGGUGUUCUUGUGCGUAAACUCAGGUGAGAUCAGGAUGAGCUCCCCCUUGGAUGUGAUCCCGCGUACCUCACAUAGUUUCAACGAUGCCCGAGUCGCAUCAUCCAGCCGAAAGUCCAUCCGAGUCCAUGUGGUGUUGUCCAGUGUGUACAGACAUGGAACACCAUCAAUCGCAUCAUCCAACCCGAAGAAGGCAGAAGUUAUACUUAACUUCCCGUCGUAAACAAAUAGAUAGUAUGGUUUGACCAUAUUAUCUGGCACAGAGCAUACACGCUCAAGAGUAGAAGAUGAUGAGCUGAAUUUGAAUCGCAUCAACUUGGCAGAAUCCACAAUGUAGAACCAGCCAUUGAGGCAAGCUUGAGUCUCAUAGGGACGUCCAUCCCAACUGAUCCCUUCACCAGUCAGAGUAAGCAUCUCCCAGGCGGAGUCUCCUAAAUGCAUCGCUCUGGCUUCAAUCAAACGUCCUUCCCUAGUUUCUUCUUGCCGAUACCACAAACACAGGUACCUUUUGGUGUCGGCUUCAUAGAACAGAAACACUUUUCCUUGGGGACAAACGAACAUGUCUGUGGAAGGGAUUUUGGGGAGUUUCAGAGUCUCUCUUGUGCUUGGAUUGUAAACAAUCCCACGGAUAGAAUCAUCAAUCAAAAUCAGACCAUGUGCAUGCGCAAUUGCCGGGUAGAGUACAAAUCCCAAGUCGUAUACACCAAGUCUGUAUUUAGUCAGCUCCAUAUAGAAGGGUUGAAAACAGCUGCCGUAUUUUAAGUUCCAUUUUGCCAGAUUUUCUUCCAAGAUCCCAUUCACUUCGUCGCCUCUGAAGGUGUAGAAACUGAUGGUAGACUUAUCUUCAUUCCCAACAGUGUACAAGUAUCCGCUGGUUUUCCUGAAUUCGGGAUCGCAAAUCAAAGACUCCCAUUCUUUGCAAGCUAGACGAAACCUGAGAAGAGUCUUGAUAGGCAGCCUUGUGAGAAUGGUGUUGAGAAUCAUGGAUGGGAUGGGGCUAUCCUUCUUCAUUGAGUACAGAGUGCUCCCAAGGUGUUGAGAGACACCAUUGAGAAGCACAGGAACCAUGCCAUCGCUGACGCACCUGAUGUGGGUGGCUCUUAUGAUAACAGCUUGGAGUUCAGGACUGGUUCCUAAUGUGUACUCCUUUGGAAGAUUCAAGUCCAGAAAAUGUUGAAGUUCUUGAGUCAUAACACCUGCCAGUGAUGGCGUUAGUUUGGUUGUACGAAUCUGUCACAGACCUGUAGGGGCGAAGCGCCGUGACCUUGACAGCACGGCGAAAGCCAUUGAGGUCGGAGACGAAGUUCCGGGCGACCUCAGCGGUUCCUCCGAUCUGCUCGAGUCCGUUCACCUCUAAGAGGUAAUAGCCAUGAGACGCUCGGAAGAGAAUACAGAGCCAUUUUCUACAGGAGAGAAACUCAAACCCUAAUGCACGCUUCGGAAGAGAAGAUACAGAGCCAUUUUCUAGUGUGAGCCAAUACUUUAGAUGCUGGUUCAACCAAAUAGCAAUUUUA